AUGGACGCCAUCUCGGAGAGGCUCUCUGAGCUCGAGAAUCUCUAUUUCCCUUGCGCCCUCCAGCCCUCCGCCAACACUCCCUCCCAGCGUAAAUCCUCCUACUCGACCUCAUCUCCCGCGACAUCAAGGUCUGCAAAGAUCAAGAACUGGAGGCUUACGUACAUGGACAGAUUGAUGAAUGACGGGCAGGACUUCUCGGAGGAUGAGAGAGAGCGCCAUACUUGCAGCAUGAGUAUGCAGGGAAGUUUCGGGAUCCUAGCUGGAGGAGCAUGGCGAGCCAGGCCAGGGGAGCGAUGGUGGGAGACACUGAUGAGGCGGUCAGUGGAGGCCAUGUUGGUGUAG